AUGAGCGACUCAGUGCCGCCGCCGCCGCCUCCUCCAGCGGAAGGCAGCAGCAGCCCCAAAUCGAAGCUGACCAAGACGCAGAGGGCAAGAUGGGCUACCCGAAAGAUGACGGUCAAGAGCAGCGCGACGAAACGCAUGUCGCUGCUCAAUCGCAUGCAGCACAACAGGACGACUUCCAGCGCCAGUGAGAAGCGCCGCAGCGGACGAGGCGGUGCCCCAGAGCAGAACCCUGGCGGUGAUGAUGGUCGAGACGAUCAGGACAUCAAGCCUACCGGAGAAACCACCGCCCAGUCCGAUGACGGCUCUAAUGACGACAAGGAGAAUCGCCAACUGUACUUCAACUUGCCGCUCCCCGAUGACAUGCUGGAAGAAGGCCACCCCAUCGCCGAGUACCCGCGAAACAAGAUUCGAACUGCCAAGUACACUCCUCUCUCGUUCAUUCCAAAGAACAUUUGGUUUCAAUUUCACAACAUUGCCAACAUCUUUUUCUUGUUCACGAUCAUCUUAGGUGCCUUCUCCAUUUUCGGCACUGUUAACCCAGGACUGAACGCCGUUCCCCUUAUUGUUAUCGUUGCUCUUACCUCCGUCAAGGAUGCCAUCGAAGACUACCGGAGAACCAUGCUCGACAACGAACUGAACAAUGCCCCUGUCCAUCGUCUUCAUAACUGGAACAACGUCAACGUCGAAGAGGACAAUGUAUCCGCCUGGAGAAGAUUUAAGAAAGCUAAUUCGAGAUUUUUCGGGCGCAUCUGGUGGGCUAUUCAGAGCACAUGGUCCAAGAAGGCUCAGGCUGAGCGCCAGAGACGCAAAAUGCCCGUCAUCGAAGACGAACCCCGAGCCUCGAUUGAAUCUGUCCGCACUAGGAGAACGCAUCGUGAAUCCAUGGCAUCACCGUUUGAACGCCGCGAGUCCUACAUCUCUAACCCGGAUGAUAUUCAGAUGACGCCUGUUUCUUCACCUACUCCUAACGCCAUCCAGUUCGAACCCGAUGAGGAGGACGUGAAACGAGCCUCGGCCCUUGCUAUCAUGAAGUCGGAUUUGAUCAACUAUGAUAUCGAACCUAAAGGUGCCCGCUUUGGAAAGGAUACCUGGAAAAACCUGAUGGUCGGAGAUUUCGUGCGUAUCUACAAGGAUGAUGAGCUCCCUGCUGAUGUCAUCAUCCUAUCCACCUCCGACCCCGACGGCGCUUGCUAUGUCGAAACGAAAAACCUGGACGGCGAAACCAACCUCAAGGUUCGACAGGCUCUCCGCUGCGGCCGUGGCAUUAAACAUGCCCGUGACUGCGAGCGUGCCCAGUUCCGCAUCGAGAGCGAGGAGCCUCAACCUAAUUUGUACAAGUACAACGGUGCUAUUAGAUGGCAGCAAAAGAUCCCCGGAUAUCUGGAUGAAGAGCCUGAAGAGAUGACCGAGGCCAUCACCAUUGACAACUUGAUGCUACGUGGCUGCAACCUGCGAAACACCGAAUGGAUCUUGGGCGUUGUCAUCUUCACCGGACACGACACCAAAAUCAUGAUGAACGCUGGUUUGACACCUAGCAAGCGAUCGCGCAUUGCCCGUGAAAUGAACUGGACCGUUAUUAUCAACUUUAUUAUCCUCUCCAUCAUGUGUUUGCUUGCGGCUAUCAUCAACGGUGUGGCCUGGUCUAGAACGGAUGCCUCACUGUAUUUCUUUGACUUUGGCUCCAUUGGCGGAAGUCCUGGUGUCACUGGUUUCGUCACCUUCUGGGCAGCAAUCAUCGUCUUCCAGAACUUGAUCCCCAUUUCCCUAUACAUUACUCUGGAAAUUAUUCGAACCUUGCAGGCAAUUUUCAUCUACAGCGAUGUGCAAAUGUAUUACGAGCCGAUCGAUCAACCUUGUGUCCCUAAAACUUGGAACAUCUCCGAUGAUGUUGGACAGAUCGAGUACAUCUUCUCGGACAAAACGGGAACUCUUACCCAAAACGUCAUGGAGUUCAAGAAAGCUACGAUCAACGGACAGCCAUACGGUGAAGCCUGGACCGAAGCCCAAGCCGGUAUGCAGAAGCGCCUUGGUGUCGAUAUCGAAAAGGAAACUGAGAGGAUUCUUGGCGAGAUCGCUGAAGCUAAAGUGCAAGCGCUCAUUGGCCUCCGCAAAAUUCAUGACAAUCCUUAUCUCCAUGACGAUGCUGUCACCUUUAUUGCCCCCGACUUUGUUGCCGAUUUAGCUGGUCAUCAUGGAACCGAGCAACAGCAAGCCAACGAAAACUUCAUGCUCGCUCUGGCUCUUUGCCACACCGUGAUAGCCGAACGCACUCCUGGUGAUCCGCCAAUCAUGAACUUCAAGGCGCAAUCUCCCGAUGAAGAAGCUUUGGUUGCUACCGCCCGCGACAUGGGUUUCACUGUACUGGGUAACAAUUCGGAUGGCAUCAAUGUCAAUGUUAUGGGCGAGGAUCGUCACUACCCGCUUCUCAACACCAUCGAGUUUAACUCCACUAGAAAGCGAAUGAGUACCAUUAUCCGCAUGCCUGACGGUCGAAUUAUGCUGUUUUGCAAGGGUGCCGACUCCGUCAUCUACGCUCGGCUCAAGAGAGGCGAGCAAAAGGAACUGCGACAGGUCACUGCCGAGCACUUGGAAAUGUUUGCUCGCGAGGGUCUGCGUACCUUGUGUAUCGCCCAAAAGGAGCUCACUGAACAGGAGUACCGUACUUGGAAAAAGGAACACGAUAUCGCCGCUGCCGCUCUUGAAGACCGUGAGGAGAAGCUUGAGGCCGUCGCCGAGCUCAUUGAGCAGGAUCUUAUGCUUCUUGGUGGUACCGCUAUCGAAGAUCGUCUCCAAGAUGGCGUUCCCGACACUAUUCAGCUGCUGGGCGAGGCCGGUAUCAAACUCUGGGUUUUGACUGGCGACAAGGUCGAGACUGCUAUCAACAUUGGUUUCUCCUGUAACUUGCUCAACAACGACAUGGAGCUAAUUCACAUUAAGGUCGAAGAGGACGCUGCUGAAGGCGUAGGUGCCGAAGAUGUCUUCAUUGGUCUCAUCGAAAAGUCUCUGGACGAGAAUCUGCGAACAUUUGGCUUGACUGGUAACGACGAAGAUCUUGCUGCUGCUAUGAAGAACCACGAGCCCCCGGCUCCCACGCAUGGAUUGGUCAUUGAUGGUUUCACCCUUAGAUGGGCCUUGAAUGAGCGCCUGAUGCAAAAGUUCCUUCUGCUCUGCAAGCAGUGCCGCUCUGUUCUGUGCUGCCGUGUCAGCCCUGCGCAAAAAGCCGCUGUCGUUUCCAUGGUCAAGAACGGACUGGAUGUCAUGACCUUGUCCAUUGGUGACGGCGCCAACGAUGUUGCCAUGAUUCAAGAGGCUGAUGUCGGUGUUGGUAUUGCUGGUGUCGAAGGUCGACAGGCUGCCAUGUCUUCUGACUAUGCAAUUGCGCAGUUCCGGUUCUUGCAACGCCUGGUGCUCGUUCAUGGACGUUGGUCGUACCGUCGCUUGGGAGAGUCUAUUCCAAACUUCUUCUACAAGAACUUGGUCUGGACUUUCAGCAUCUUCUGGUUCUCCAUCUACACCAACUUUGAUAUGACAUACCUCUUUGACUACACCUACAUUCUGAUGUUUAAUCUGUUCUUCACUUCGGUGCCAGUUGCCAUUAUGGGUGUUCUUGAUCAGGACGUCUCGGAUGCCGUCUCGUUGGCCGUGCCGCAAUUGUAUCGCCGUGGUAUUGAACGCUUGGAAUGGACACAGAAGAAGUUUUGGUUGUACAUGCUUGACGGUGUUUAUCAGUCCAUCAUGGUUUUCUACAUCCCGUACUUACUAUUUAUGCCUGCACGACCUGUGACCGAAAACGGAUUGGUUAUUGAUGAUAGAUUCCGCCUUGGAGUAUAUAUCGCGCACCCCGCUGUUCUGACGAUCAACGCCUACAUUCUGAUGAACACCUAUCGAUGGGAUUGGCUCAUGCUACUCAUUGUUUUCCUCAGUGACAUCUUCAUCUUCUUCUGGACGGGCAUUUACACAUCAUUUACUUCAUCUGACCAGUUUUAUGGAGCGGCCAAGGAAAUAUAUGGAGAGGCCACUUUCUGGGCUGUCUUUGUGCUUGUCCCUGUCAUCUGCCUCUUCCCAAGAUUUGUCAUCAAGUCUAUCCAGAAGGUCUUCUUCCCUUAUGAUGUCGACAUUGUUCGAGAGCAGGAAAGGCUGGGUGCCUUUGCUCACCUGAACGCAGAGAGCAAAUCGAUUGAUGCAGUCAGCGACGAAAAGAGCCAGAAAUCCAAGUCAUCCGGCAGCUCGCGGGGAAAUCACAACCAAUAUGCUAGCGUUGAUGAGGAUUUGCGCCCAAUAUACCCCCCCUCAACAGUGACACGAACGACCACGCAAAUCGGCCACAGCCAGACAGGCAGCGACAGCACGAAUUACACCGGCAACCGCUACUCUAUGGAAGCGCCAGCGACUCGCUACUCUCUCGAAGUACCGACGACUACGCGGCCAAGCAUGGAUCGGGCGAGACCGUCAUAUGAUCGUAUGCGACAAUCCAUGGACCGCAUACGGUAUAGCUACGAGGCGAGCAGCGACUUUACCUCUGCUGCAAGGCUGUCUCGUAUCGAAUCAAGCCAGUCACAUGCAGCCGCAGGUCUAGGUGCAAGAUUGCGUGGGCUGUCAUUAACCAAGAGCGCCAAUGUAUAG